UUUAGGAUAGCGCGUAAUUGCGCGAAUGGUCGCCGGAGAUGAGGGCGCCGCGGCGCGUGACCAGUGUGCUGCUGCUGCCCUUCGCACUGCUCUCUUUUCCACAUGCAUAUGUCGCCAACGUCACUACGUACCGAGGGGAACUGGAGUCAUCCCUCCGCCUUGUACACGCAGUCGCCACAGGCGCGACAGGGGCUCUCUGUGUCACGCAUCACUUCGGCCGCCUGCGCGCUCCGAUGUACACAACACGAUGGGACACCGCCAGAGCACGAGCCGACCUCGCUGCAAAUAUUCUACACCAACUUGGAUUAGAAACUGCUGAAGUCCUCAUGGCGGUUUCACAAGGCUUGGUAUUAGGUGGCAGUGCACCAGAACGCGCGGUUGGUGCUCGUGCACUCGCUUUGAGGAGUGAUGGUGUUGUUAACAGUGCGGUGGCAUGGGAGAGAUAUGGGGCAGCUGAACCUGUGGCGGUUGUAUCACCGCAACUUGAAAAACCACCUGAUCCUGAAUAUCCUUGGUACGUGUCGGCAGAGGAAAGCGAAACUUUAAGGUCGCCAAAGUUUAUGCCUUCGCCCCCAGGAGCAACAAUGGAAGGGUGGUGGACAUACCCUUAUUAUAGCUGUGAAGCAAAGCGCUGGCUGCUAUCUUAUACAGUCCCUGUGUCUACAAUUCGCGGAUUAAAAGGCGUUGUUUCUCUUGACAUUGAUAUAUCUAACUUGGAAGUAAACCAGUGCGAAGUGGAUAGCGACGAGGAAAAUGACAAUCAAAUUUAUUCCUUUCAUGGAACUCAUAAAUGUCCGAAUGAAACUACAUUUUGUGAAUACAAACCUAUCAGAGAAAUAAGUAUACGCUACAGCGGUUGGGCGCGUGGAUCCUACAUUUGUAGAUGUCGACCAGGUUACUACUCCUUGCAUCAUCCAGAAGGAUUCAAUGGGUCUUUAGUGGAAGUUGCGUAUCAAGAAUACGAAGAAAACGGGUUAGAAAAUUGGAACGAGCCUUACGAAUGUCUUCAGUGCCAGCCUGGAUGUGAGACAUGUCGUGGUCCUGAGCCUUGUCUUGCCACAUAUAAUUGGCCUUUUCGGAUAUCGUUGCUGGUGAUAUCUGUCAGCUGUGCUUUCAUGACGGUUCUGCUUACCAUUUAUACGCGCCAUCAUAGACGGGUGAAGGUUUUCCGCGUUGCCAGUCCUGUGUUCCUCUCAAUAACACUCCUUGGUUGCGCUAUCAUGUACAUGGAGAUGGCAGCUAUAUUUCCGGUUCUAGACAGAUACUCAUGUAUCGCAACGAAAUGGACUCGACAUAUGGGAUUCUGUAUUACGUACACUGCUCUGCUUAUGAAGACCUGGAGAGUAUCCCUCACGUACCGUGUAAAAUCAGCUCAUAAACUAAAAUUAACAGAUAAACAGCUCUUACAAUGGAUGGCUCCGAUCUUGCUUAUAAUGUUGGUGUAUUUGGGUACUUGGACCCUCUCUGCACCUCCCGAUGCUGAAGUCAUUACAGAUAAUAGAGGACUGAAGUUCAAACAAUGUACAUACAAUUGGUGGGACCACAGUUUAGCCAUAGGAGAAAUUCUAUUUCUUCUUUGGGGUGUGCGCGUGUGUUAUCGCGUAAGACACGCUGAAAGCCUCUAUAACGAAGCACGACUAAUAUCCAUUGCUAUAUACAACAUAUUCACUGUCAAUUCACUAAUGAUUGCAUUUCACUUACUGAUACUACCACGUGCCGGUCCUGACAUAAAGUAUCUAUUAGGCUUUAUACGGACGCAACUAUCAACAUCAACGACGGUGCUGCUAGUUUUUCUGCCCAAGGUUCUCCGUGUAGUGCGAGGUACAGGAGACACGUGGGACAGCAGGGCACGAGCUCGCGGCGUGCCGGCAUCAUCAUCUCUCAACGGAAUCGGUCUCGUGCCAGAUGAACCUCCUGAUCUCUUCCAAGAGAAUGAGGAGCUGAAGGAAGAGGUUCAGAAACUAGCUGCACAGAUCGAGUUUAUGAAGAUAGUGCAAAUGGAAAUGCACAAUCGGCAUUUGCGGCCGCGACCAGGCGGCUACUUCACGACAAAUACUACUGUACCGCAGAGUCCAAUGCAUGCAAAGACUGUUACCAUUUCACAAGAAAACACAGAGUGGUCGGGACCAGUGUGACUCGUGGCGUUGAGCGACAGUGGC